AUGUUCAUAGAGCACCUCCGCAAAGCGCGCCUUGAUGGAGAUUGUGUCAUCGAAUCUUUCGAUGUCACUUCGCUCUACACCAACGUCUCCAUCGAUGCUGCACUACAAGCAACAUCAGAGCUGCUUCUCGAACACCAGGGGACUCUUAACAUGUAUGGUUUUGCGAUACAGCAAAUAAUGAUGCUGCUGAGCGAAUGUUUGAGAUAUUCCGUAUUUCGGUGGUCUGGGCAAUACUAUAGGCAGAUUAGAGGCUUGGCCAUGGGACAAAGACUUGCGCCUACACUAGCCGUUGCUUUCAUGUCUAAAGUGGAAAAACCCCUACUGGAACGCAAACCUUUAUUGUACUGCCGAUACAUAGAUGAUUGUUGCAUUAUAUGUCCAACACAAGCUGAAAUGGACUCUUGCUUCGAUCUCUUAAAUAAACAAUCCCAGUACAUAAAGUUCACGAGGGAAAAACCUAAAGACAACUGGCUGCCGUUUCUCAAUGUCCAGGUUCAUUUGUGUAGGGGAAAUUGGAAAACAAAAUGGUAUCGAAAACCAAGUUGUAAAAACAUUCUGAUUCACUACCAAUCGGCGCACCCCUGGAGAACCAAAAAGUCAGUCAUUGAAAAUAUGUUUAAGACAGCGGCAACGGUUUCAUCUGAAGCUCAAGGGCGCAUUGCCUCCAUAAACAUGGCUAACCGCAUUGCUCAGUCCAAUGGGUACCCAGCAAAGGUCUCUCAUUCAAAUCGGAGCCAUGCAACUGAGCAGCGGUGCCACAGGGUAGAACAAGCAACAAAGAUCCCUUUCUGCCUUCCUUUUAUUUCGGAUGACAUGAGCAAUGCAGUGCGAGCAAGCUUACGACAGGCGGGUCUGCAAGACUCAGUCAGAGUAGUGGACAUACCACCUGUAAACCUGAAGCAGCAGCUAGUCCGCAAUCACGCAUAUGACAGACUUUGUGAGACACCGAAUUGCAUCGUUUGUCCAAACGGGAGGCAGGGUGAUUGCGUGGUAUCGGGGGUUAUCUACCUAAUCACCUGUCAGUUAUGUGGGGCUGAGUACAUUGGCGAAACAGGAAGAUCACUAUGUAUCCGCGUCAAGGAGCACCUAGACGGGCUCGUAAAAUCAAAAUCAUCAUCUCCUUUAGGUGCUCAUCGCAGACAGUGUCAUGACAACACCCCUUUCAAGAUAGCUGUCACUAUCUUGGCACGCGAAUCAGACGUUCUAACGCGAAAAACAUUGGAAGCGUUUUAUAUCACGGCCAAAAGUCCUAUCAUGAAUCGUAAAGAAGAAUGCAUCGCUGUGACCAACGAGCUGGCGCCAUAUCAGGACCUUUGCGGGUUUUGA